AUGGCCCAACGACUAAAAGGCAAAACUAUCGUGAUUACAGGCGCAUCCUCUGGAAUCGGGAAAUCCUGUGCUCUAGAAUUCGCGCGCACCAGUCCCGAGGACUUGAAGAUUGUUCUGACAGCGCGGAGGAUCGAUACAUUGAAAGAGGUUGCAAAGGAGAUAGAAGGAUUUGCGAAGGGCGUGAAGGUGUUGCCGGUGAAGCUAGAUGUUAGUAGGCCCGAGGAAGUGAGUGGGUUUGUGGAGGGACUGCCCGAGGAGUUUAGGGGCGUCGAUGUGUUGGUUAAUAAUGCAGGACUGGUUAAAGGCAUGGCUCAAGCCCCUGACAUCCUCCCCGCCGACAUCGACACCAUGUUUUCCACCAAUGUAACCGGCCUAAUAAACAUGACCCAAGCCAUCCUACCUAUCUACAAGUCCCGCCCCGACGGUGGCAGCGGCGACAUCAUCAACAUUGGGUCGAUCGCAGGCCGGGAACCCUACCAAGGUGGUUCUAUCUACUGCGCUACAAAAGCUGCCGUCCGCUCAUUCACAGACGCCCUGCGCCGUGAGCUCAUAUCCACACGGAUCCGCGUUAUGGAGAUUGAUCCUGGGCAGGUGGAGACGGAGUUUAGCGUGGUGAGGUUUUAUGGGGAUAAGGAGAAGGCGAGGAAGGUGUAUGAGGGGGUGCAGCCGUUGACACCAGAGGAUAUUGCCGAGGUGGUGGUGUUUGCGGCGGGUAGGAGGGAGAAUGUUGUGCUUGCUGAUACGUUGGUUUUUCCGAAUCAUCAGGCGGCUGCGACGGUUAUGUAUAGAAAGUCUGCACAGUGA